AUGUUGUGUUGGUUUCUGCCCUACGACAGUGUGAAUGAACAUGAAGAAUCACAUAUCCCCUGCCCCAAGAACCCCCCACCCCCACCCCACACCGCCAGGUCGCCUCCAAGCUCGGGCUUGGGCUCCCUGUGUUACACAGCACAUUUCCACUUCUUGUUGUUCAAUCACUCAGUCUUGUCUGACUCUUUGAGACCACAUGGUCGCAGCACGCCAGGCUUCCCUGUCCUUCACCAUCUCCUGGAGCUUGCUCAGACUCAUGUCCGUCGAGUCGGUGAUGCCGUCCAAAUUCCCACAGCUAUCCGAUGGUGGUGUAUUUAUUUCAACGCUCCUCUCUCGGUCUGUCCCACCCUCUCUUUCCCCCGCUGUGUCCGCAAGUGUGUUCUCUACGUCUGUGUCUCUAUUCCUGCUCUGUCAGUCGGUUCAUUGGUACUAUUUUUCUAG